AUAGUAGUGAUCAAAGCACGUUUCAUUCUUGAAUUUGUGGGUUGUCAACAUAUUUAUUUCUCGUUCACUGAAACUUUGUAAAGCUUAGAACUAUAAACAUAACGAAAAUAGUAUUUUAUUAUGUUAUAAUUUUGUUAAAUUAUUUAUACAAAUAUGGCUAAUGUUGCUGAAAUAUUCAAUUUAUUUCAAGACUAUUUAAAUAAUGAACAAGAUAUACGUGAGGAAAUUCGCACAGUUGUGAGAAAAAUUGAAAAGUGUUCACGUGAUAUUGCCAUUAUCUUACAAAAUAUUCACAAAAAAGAUGCUGUUGAGGAAAACAUAAUUGUAUCACAGUAUUGUAAUAAUGCACGAGUGCAUUUUGAAGAUGUUCGUCAAUAUUAUGGGGAAUUAGCAAAAAUCGUACCCCAAAAUCAAUAUUACCGUUUCUACGAUCAAUGGCGUCAUGUAACACAACGACUAUGUUUUUUGGCAUCUUUAAUAAUUUAUUUAGAAGUGAAAGUUCUUGUUACUAAAGAAGUAGUAGCAGAAUUUUUGAGUUUAAAAAAUAAUCGUGAAGAAGGUUUUCAUUUGGAUAUUGAAGAUUAUCUGAUUGGUUUGCUUGAAUUAGCAUCAGAAUUGACAAGAUUUGCUGUAAAUAGUGUCACUUCUGGUAAUUAUAAUCGACCAAUAGAAAUAUCACGUUUUGUGAAUGAUUUAAAUUCUGGUUUUCGUUUAUUAAAUUUAAAAAAUGAUGGUUUAAGAAAACGCUAUGAUGUUCUUAAAUAUGACGUUAAAAAAAUUGAAGAAGUUGUUUAUGACUUGAGUAUUCGUGGGCUGAAACCAGGAGUAGAAGAAGAUCGUAUGAUAACAGAACCCACAACUGAUUCACAACAAAUUCAAUAAUUAAUAAAUAAAAGCUUAUUUCGUUAUUUUAUACAUAUUGAUGAUUCAUUCAUCAAUGAAGUAUUUAUUUUAUUCAGUUAGCUUAUAUAAAAUUCCAUAAAAAUACUUUUGAUAAACGUUAUUUUGUAUACUGACCUAUGUAUUAAUAAUAUUAAUAAACUU